GAGCCGGGCGGGCGGGCUGGCGGCGGGCGGCGGGCGGCGGGGGGGACUUGUUGUUCUUCGCGAAGUCGGAGCCCCAGCGCGCGGCGGAGGCGGCGGCCGAGAGGAAACGCGAGAGUGAGCGCGAGCGCGAGGAGAGCGCGUGCCCGCGAGGAGCCGCCGCGCGCCCGCGCCCCCCCGCGCGACGCCAGAUCCAGUUUCCAAGCCCUUCUGUUCGGGUGACCGUGCCCAGGUUAUGACGACUAAUCCCAAACCAAACAAGGCGUUAAAGGUCAAGAAGGAGGCGGGUGAGAACGCCCCGGUGCUCAGCGAUGACGAGCUGGUGUCCAUGUCAGUGCGGGAGCUGAACCAGCACCUGCGGGGCCUCACCAAGGAGGAGGUGGUCCGCCUGAAGCAGCGCCGGCGCACGCUCAAGAACCGCGGCUACGCUGCCAGCUGCCGCAUCAAGCGGGUGACGCAGAAGGAGGAGCUGGAGCGGCAGCGGGUGGAGCUACAGCAGGAGGUGGAGAAGCUGGCCCGGGAGAACAGCAGCAUGAAGCUGGAGCUCGACGCGCUGCGCUCCAAGUACGAGGCCCUGCAGACCUUCGCCCGCACCGUGGCGCGUGGGCCCGUCACCCCCACCAAGGUGGCCACCACCAGCGUCAUCACCAUCGUCAAGUCCGCUGACAUCUCCUCCACCUCCGUGCCCUUCUCGGCUGCCUCCUAGUGGCCAGCCGCGGGGGGGGGGGGGCGCCGGAGGGGGCGGACAGUGUCUGGGCGGGCGGGGGCGGUGGCUGGCACCUCCCUGGUGCCCAUCAGAGGGUCCAUGGGGAACGGACCCCUGGCACCCGAGUCGGAGCGCAGACCCCCGGCGGGGACGAGGCUGCGGGUGCCGGCUGCAGACGGGCUCUCAUGAGACCGUGUCACAUGCCUUCCCGCACGCACGCGCACAUGCACACGCACACGCAUGCACCUGGCCCCUCUCCGGGCCUGCCCGUGCUCUCCAGAUGGUUUCCAGGGGUGUGUGUCUCGUGCCAGGGGGAGUCAGGAUGUUUGGAGGGAAGGUCCUCAGAAGAUUCCGGGUCCUGUGGCCCAGGUGGCAGGGGCUCUGCCUUCCACCCCACCCAGGAGUGGCCGGCGGUGUUCUGGUGGCUGGUGCGGGACCCCCUUCCUGCCCUGACUGAGCUCUGGUGCCCCAGGAGGGACCGUUAGUCCCUGGUGAUGAGCAGCACUCUGACCCUGCUUCAGCCUCACCAGACGGCUGCGCCUGUGAGGCGUUUGGGGCUGGGGGGGGGGCCCGGGCCCGCAGCUGGAGGACUGUGCACAUGCGCCUGGGGGCCACCUGCCGUCACACCGUUGCGCCGGCAGCACAGAGCCUCGGAGGGCAGGUUGAUGUGAGCAGUCACUUUGGGGCCUCCGGGGUCCAUGUGCAGAGAGCUGCCCAAGGGCUGGGGUUGUCCCCCUCCGGGAGUGACCCUAGGGAGGUCCCACUGGGGAGCUGGCUGGGAGCCCUGCGCAGGGAGGCAGGGCAGGGUCUGGGGGCAGAAGCAGAGUGUUCCCUGCCUGUUCCCUGCCUCCCUGCCUCGGAAUGCCCCGCCCCGCCGCAGCAAGGACGGGUGGAGUCCGAGGUGAAGAGGGUGUGAUGGCUGAGGAGACAACUUGAGGCACCGGGCCAGGACCUGCCUUCUGAGGGCGCCUGGGCAGUCUGUCUGUGCAGAGGACAAGGGGACACAGCCACCUUGGUGCUUAUUCCUCGCCUGAAACUUUCACCUGCUCUUUCUUUCUGACACUUGGAGCCCCUGAUGACCUCGGUGACCUUUGCUGGGCUUCCGGCUUCCUCUUGGCCUG